CAAAUUUAUCUAAUACUGAAAUGUUGCGUCCAUUACCUACUUUUUCUGAACAUACUCAAUCAGAUACCAAAUGGUUAAUGCCAAUACCUGUAACUAAGUUUCAAAAUAAAACUUUACAAAAUGAAGAUAUUGAAAUGGAAG